UGUUGUUUUGUCUCCCCUUUUUCUCCUGAUUUCACUCGUUCCCUCCUUUCCCCUCCUCUCUCUGCAGUCUCGGGUUCCUCUCCUCCGUCAGAUGGCGUUCUGCCUGGCCGAGCUUCACUGUUGGUCCUCCAGCAGCUCACUACAAGUCAGAGAUACAGAUAUUGGCACCUAUCAGUACUAUGACAAAGGAGAGCCAGCCGUCCCAUCAGAGCACCACUACUACACUGACAAACAGGAUUUCUCUGAAUCUCGCGGCUACUCGUGGACCCCCAGGAACCGUCGUCCGGAGAAGCUCCGUGAUUCGCUCGAGAAGCUUGAGGAGCUGUUACAGACUAACUCAGUUGUUCACUCCAGAUGGAAGAGCAAGCAUUGCUGCCAGCUCAUGCUGAGCAGUGGGGUACUGGUGACCCUGGCCCUAAAUGGACCCCAGCUGGACCGUGUGUGUGUGGACCGGACACUUGUGGGUCGUCUGCCCGCCAACACUGUCAGUGAUGCGGUGCUCAGUGAUAGGCUGCUGCUGCUGUCGUUCCUGGAGAAGAGCCAGGUGUGUGUAGUCUAUCUGAACAGGAAGAACCAGGGAUCACCUGACACCAGCCACCGACUGGAGAAACUCUCCCCAUCAGAACUCAAGGUGGUGUGUGUGGAGGUGCGUGGCCCCGCAGGGCGCAGGCAGGGCAGGCGUGUGGAUCUGAACUGUCUCCAGGACGUAGCAGUGUGUUGGUGCUCCCUGACUAACACUAAUGAUGAACUGUGGCCCUGGAACCCGAGCCACACACACACUGACAGGGACAACCUAGUGUUACUGAGCUGCUCCAGUACAGAGGGCCUCAAGGUGCUCAGCUCCAUGUGUACUGAGGGUGACCUGUUGGAUCUCUGCUUCAGUCUCCUGCAGCCGUACCAGCUUCUGUCCGUGGAGCUGCCUGAAGGACCCCAAGGAUCCCACACCACCGGGACGUCCUGGGCAGAUGCCUGUGUGUACGAGUGCGCCCGCGGCCGCCUCCAACGUCUCUCGGCGACCCGUAUCCCCGUCUCCUCGCGCCCUGUCUCCUGCUGCCGCCACCCCUCCUCAACCACCCUGCUACUGGGCCUCAGCGACUCCUCUCUGGUCCUCUACGAUGAGAGGAGAGGGGUGUCGCUGCUUGCCCCCUGCCCCAUCCCGCCUGUCCUGGUGGCCUGGCACCCUGCAGGGGGGGUGGUGGUGGUGGGGGGAGGCCAGGGGGAACUGAUGGCUCUGGAUCUUGGCUUGGCUCCUCUAGGGUUGACCCUAGUGGGAGAGGACCCAUCCCCAGCCACCACCACUCUGAGGCUUGCCCAGCAUCUGCACUGUCCUGGGGGGCUGGAGGGACUGUGGUGGGCUGGGGGGACGGGGCUGGAGGGAGCUGAUACACUGUUGCUGGCCUUCCAUGGAGGGCCACUGGCCGCACUGAGGUUCAGACUGGGUGCUCUGUCAGGGGGUCAGCUGGGUCCAGGAGAGCUGUUGCAACAGAGGUUACGCUGUGGCCAGGUGGACCAGGCUCUAGGAAUUCUGGGAGCCAUGGAGUGGAGCACUAUGGGAACGGAGUGUUACCGGGCACUGACCUCUGUCACAGACUACCUGCUGAGGCUAGAGCUGGACCAGACCAGAGAGGCCCAGUUGGAGGCAGCUCUGGGUGUGUUCUACGCUCCGCCCCGCCCCCUCUCUGACUCGGUGGUUCUAGAAUACAGAGGGCCAAUCAGCAAGUACGCCCGACGCUUCUUCCACCACCUACUCAGACACCAGCGCUUUGAGAAGGCCUUCCUGCUGGCGGUUGACAUUGGAGCUAGAGACCUGUUUAUGGAUCUCCAUUAUGUGGCGUGGGAUAAGGGAGAGGUGGUUCUGGCAGAAGUGGCCCAGAGGAAGGCUAAUGAAAUCCAUGCUGAAGAAGGAGUAACGACCACGUUGGGAAACCACGGUGAACAAAGACGCAGGGAAGCUGAAAGUGGUUCAUUUUGGUCUUGUUUGAAAACAGCCUUUGACCAUUUCUUUUUCGACUGUAAACUCCAUCUUUUUUAAUGCAUUUUUUUAAAUCAAAUGUAUUCUGUAAAUAUAUCUGAUAACUGAUCGAGCUCUAUUCUGAUAUGUUGAUGCAUGAUUAGCCUAAGAAUUAUGAAUUUAAGUCUAAGUCAAAUGUGAAUAAUUAUGCUAAUGUCUUGCUAGUAGGUUUUAUUUUAACAGAAUGUUGUAUAUGCUAUAUAGGCCUAGCCCUGUCCAGCCCCAUCUCAGUUCUCUCACAACCAGCCCUCCUGCUGAAAAAUUGUGUUUUACAUUUUCUGCCCGUUUAAUUGAAUUGUUCUUUAAUCCCAGCCUGUUUAAAACAGUGCAGUAAUUAGGCUUUGUGUUUUUCAUGAUUGACCCUGGUCACCUUUUACAGUAUUCUAAUACAGAGCUGUAAACUAGCCUAUUGUAUUGCUGUAUUAAAGAGGUUUUGUAUCUUGUG